GACGAAGACUCUCUUCGCAAAGUGAGCAAUCAGGACGAGGUGGCGAGGCGGAGAGCCCCACUUUCACGAAGCACGGGACGCUAUGGCUUUCGGACGGAAAUAUCAUUCUGCGUGCUCUGAAUGAGACAGGAAACUGGCUUUCUCGUUCACAGGUCAAUGCUCUGCAAAGUAUCUCCCAUUUUCGCCGACAUGUUCACACUACCACCGUCGAAUGUAAACGAGUCCUUCGAGGGAUUGCCUGUGGUACAGAUGCCGGACGCAGCAGAGGCGCUGGAGAUGUUUCUGAAGAUCCUCUAUCAGGAAGCAGCUCUCCCCGUCAAACGUCUGGAUCCUAACACGCCCGCUCUGGUUGGACCGUUGCUAGGUCUAGCUACCAAAUACGAGGUGGAACACUUGAGGACGCAGGUUGUCGCGCGUCUGAUGGAGGACUGGCCCACGAGUCUGCCAGCCUGGGAUACACUGGAAGCCGAGAUCACGGCUAUGCGGGAGGGAUGGCACUCGAGGCAUAAUUGCACUGGUCCUACUUGUGACGAGCCUUUGGACCAUCACCUUCCUGAACCGGUGGCCGCCAUACAACUGGCAAAGCAAUACAAGAUCCCUGCUAUCCUUCCUUCCGCCUUCUACCACCUGUCCCGCCUGUCCAUCGAAUGGGGCCCGGACGGCACAGAGACAUACCCAUCCAUUCAGAGGGGGCGUCUGUUCAUGGGAACGCGUACUGCGAGGUGGAAAAGCCUGCCCGGGAACGACUACUACAAUCUUCUCGCGGGACGUACUAGAUUGCAAAAUGCUGCCCAGCGUCAUGUUCGCGGUUGGAAGUUUGAACACGUCGAGCUCCCCGGGGAUAUUCUGGCUGAGGCCGGCGUUUCAGAUCAUGAGGACGAGGGGUGCUCUAGGAACGCAAGACGCAACAUGAUUUCGGACUUGGAGAAGGCGAUCGCGUCGCAUCCCGACGUGCUGCGAACGCUGCAGACCUACGCUUCGUUCCCUCUGCACAAUGAGCCAAAGGAUGUAUGCCCGAGAUGCGUCUUCAUUGUCAUGGAGAAAGCGUCAGCCUUACGAAAGUAUCUCUGGGAGCAUCUUCCCGAGUUUUUCAAUAUCGAUACGAUAUAAUGGCGGAAGGCAUCCUCCUAGUUAGUGGCAUCGCCAUUAGUCGGGAGAAAUUCGUUGUUAUUGC